GUUGUAGGAAAUUCACGUGAUGACAAUCAAUUCAGGCAGGAAAAUGUUACUGAUGAUGCUGCUGUUCCUCCUUGCUAUCAUUUAGCUUAUUUUCCCCCGCGUCUUAAGGAAUCUGAAUUAGCCAGUGAUGGCUAUGAGAUGGACUUCUUUCCGCCGAAGGAAUUCUUUGCUCACCGUAUGUGGGUGGGAGCUAAGCUUAGAUUUUCUCUCGAAAACCCACUAUGUUUAAAUAACCACGCAAAAAUGACGACCAGUCUAGACAGAACCGAAUUCAAUAGCACAGGAAGAUUAGGUGAAACUGCUCGUCUCUUUCUUACUAAGGAAGUGUCAAACGAUAAAGGUUGGUGUAUGAGUGAACAAAGAUGUAUGGUAUAUUAUCCGAAGAAACCUACGCAAUCACCGAAGGGCAUUAGAUAUAAAAAGCAAUCGGAUUUCCAGUUCACUGUAAAUCCCAGUUCAAUCAUGCUUUUCCGUUAUUCGGCUCUGACAUUUAAUUCACACAAGAUCCAUUAUGACUAUCUAUAUUCUACCUUAGAGGAAAACCAUCCGGAUUGCUUAGUUCACGGUCCCUUGAGUGGAACUCUUAUGAUAUCAAAGCUUCAGCAGCAAUUAGCUCUAGAGAAAAAGAACGAAGCAGUUAAUGACCGCGUAGUAGAAUUCGAAUAUAAAUGCUUAUCACCACUAUAUGUCAACCGACCAUUGACUGUCUGCGGUAAAAAGUCAGCCUCAUCUCAGGCUGACUCUUCGUCAACAUCCGUAAAUGCCCAUCAAACACGUGUCAACAAGCAUACAAAAUAUGAUCUUUGGAUAUUGAAUGAUAGUGGCCACCUCGCUGUAAAGGGAUUCGCAUUGAUUCAGAAA